UGGCACCGCUGGGGCUCCGGAGUGGUCGUGGCGCCCCGCCUCGUGGUGACCUGCCGGCAUGUGGCCCCCCGCGAGACGGCCAGAGUCCUGGUGCGCCCCACCACCCCCAAGAGUGCCAAGAUCUGGGGACACGUGGUGUUUGCCACUCAGGAGACAUCUCCAUAUGACAUAGCCGUGGUGAGCCUGGAGGAAGAACUAGAGGGUGUCCCCGUGCCGGUGCCCACUGAACAUUUCUACGAAGGUGAGGCUGUCAGCGUGGUGGGCUUCGGCGUUUUUGGCCAGGCUUGUGGGCCCUCGGUGACCUCGGGCAUCCUGUCAGCUGUGGUGCAGGUGGAUGACGCGCCGGUGAUGCUGCAGACCACAUGUGCUGUGCACGGCGGCUCCAGUGGGGGACCCCUCUUCUCUACCUGCUCAGGGGACCUCCUGGGGAUUGUCGCCAGCAAUACCCGGGACAAUAACACCGGGGCCACCUACCCGCACCUGAACUUCAGCAUUCCCAUCACGGUGCUCCAGCCGGCCCUGCAGCGGUACAGUCAGACGGGCGACAUGGGCGGCCUCCGGGCGCUGGACCACGCUGCUGAGCCAGUGAGGGUGGUAUGGCGGCUGCAGCGGCCCCUGGCAGAGGCCCCACGGAGCAAGCUCUGAGUCUGUGUCACCCUCGAGAGAAGAGCGACAUUUUAUGCCCUGGGAAGUGCUAAGGUGAUGGCAGCCUCGGGAUCCUGUCACGGCAACCCAGCUGGGCAGCUCCCCCAUCAGCACCUGCCGUGCUUGGCGCUGGAGUCUGGAUCAAAUUUCUCCUCAGCCCCAUGGGCCUCCAAGCCAGUAGCCCCUUUUGGGGUGCUCUCUCCAGCCUUCACCCCUCUCUGCUCCCUGGCAUAGACACAGCUCUGUUGUUCCCCAUCUGGGGGCCCAGCACAGCUGCACAGAGUCCUGGUCCUGACAGGUUGGCUGGAAGGCAGGCCCAGCCCUGGGUUCAAGUCUCCCCUGUCCCCCGAUGGCCACUGGCUCCUCUGCUCUCUGUCAGAAUUAGCAGCUGACAGAGCACUGGCACUUCCUCAGAAAACCUCGGCACAGAGGCUCUGCUCUGAAGACCGGAGAGAAGGAAAGCGAUGUCUAUCUCCCUGUUCUGCCAGACCUUUGGGGAGACAGAGUCCCUGAAAGUCAGGACUCCUGGGUCUUCAUAUGUCGUGUCCGUGACCCACAGGGGCACUCUGCCAUAGUGCCUUAGUUUUCCAGCCCAUACAAUGGGUCUCAGGGAUCUUGGGAGGUGGGGAGAGGAUUAUCAGGUGUCUGGUUGGGGUUUGGGAAUAAACAGGACCUAUGGAAGGAACUGUA